AUUCACGUAUAAGAUCAUGAUCAAUUAAUGUAUGUAUGUAUGUAUGUACGAUUUUCACAAUUUGACCUGAUUAUUAAUCCUUGCCAAAUUAAUGGGUUCUUCGGAUUUAUGGAAAACCCUAACGUUUUCUACUUUGUUCAUUUGCUUGAUUUUCAUUUUUCUGACCAAUUCGAAAAACCACGAUCUCUUCCCUUUCCACGGUGACCCAAUCUCUUCUUCAUUCUCAGCCGUCGAUCGGUCCGGCGACACUCCGACGGAUCUCCGCCACGUGGCCUUCGGACUUCUUGGCUCCGAGAAAGCCUGGCAUCACAGAAAAGCUUACAUCGAAUCAUGGUGGAGGCCGAAUGUGACACGUGGACUCCUCUACUUGGACAAACCACCCACCGGCGGCGACCUCCUGCCGUGGUCCGCCGCCUCGCCGCCUUUCCGGGUGUCGGAAGACCUGACGGCGUUCGUCGCGGAGACGCGCGCCGUCGCCCCGAUAAUGAUCCGGAUGGUCCACGGGAUUAUGGAGGUGUUCAGGGAAAUGGACGGCGGGGAUCUCCGGUGGGUGGUGAUGGGCGACGACGACUCUGUGUUUUUCGUCGACAAUAUCGUCGAUUUUCUGGCGAAGUACGAUCACCGGAGGUAUUACUACUUUGGGGGGCAGUCGGAGUUCGUGAUGUCUAAUUAUUGGUUCGCGUUCGACCAGGGAUUCGGCGGCGCCGGAUUCGUGCUGAGUUAUCCGCUGGCGAAGGACCUCGCCGACGGCAUGGAGAAUUGUCUCCGGCGACACGCCGGCGAGAAUUCAGCUGAUUUGAUUACGAUGCAUUGUGUCGCUGAUCUGGGCGUCAACCUCACUCCACUCAAAGGGUCCCACCAGAUCGAUUUACAUGGCGACAUUUCCGGGCUGCUGUCGGCCCACCCAAAAACGCCAUUACUCUCCCUCCACCAUCUCGACUUGGUGGAGCCAAUUUUCCCGUCCAUGGACCGUUUCGACUCCACGCGCCACCUCAUGAAGGCGGCGGCUGCCGACCAGUCGCGGAUGCUGCAGCAGACGAUUUGCUACGACCGGCGCCGGAGUUGGUCGGUUUCAGUCGCCUGGGGCUACUCGGUCAACAUUUACGAGACCAUCAUUCCCCGGAGUGAGUUGCAGAAGCCUGUCGAGACCUUCCAGCCCUGGUCGCCGGCGCGUCGCCCGCCGCCGCUGUACAUGUUCAACACGCGCCGCCUAUCGAACACCUCCUGCGAGUCUCCCCACGUCUUCUUCUUGGAAGAAGUGACGAAGGUUCCGACGGGCAGGAUUCUCACGGCCUACGCCCGGGCGGCGCGGCGAGGCCUGCCUCCGUGCCACGGCGAUGCCGCCGAUUCCGUCUCGAAGAUUCUCGUGGAUUCUCCGGCGGGGAAGCGGGUAGAGAUUGAUCGAAGUGAAUGCUGCGACAUUGUUGGUGUGGAUGGUGACGUGGCUAAGGUCAAUUUCAGAGAAUGCGCCGUUGGUGAGGUUAUUGCAUAAUAAUCAUAUCUCUAUAUAAAAAUCAAAAAUAAAUUUAUUAACCUUUGUCCUCUAAUUAAAUAUACAUUUUUGUCACUUUAUUUGUUUAAAUACAAUUUAUGUAUUUUUAUGAUAAAUAUG